AUGACACCGGUAGUGCCAAUCCGAGGAAGCAUCUCAGCGUCGGGCGAUUUAUCUACGCUGUCAUACAUUUCCGGCGCAGUCGAGGGCAAUCCCGACAUUUUUAUCCGUACCGAUGGUCUGCCCGGAGGACCGCGUAUUCUACCAAGCAACGAGGCCUUGGCCAUGGCCAAGAUGAACCCUAUAAGCUUGCAGGCCAAGGAGGGACUUGGUAUCACCAAUGGUACUGCAGCAAGUUGCGCAACGGCUUGUCUUGUCGUCCAUCAAGCCAACCAGCUAGCCGUCUUGGUGCAACUUCUUACUGCCAUGGGGACGGAGGCGCUGGCGGGGACCGCCGCCAACUAUGACGAAUUCAUUUCGUCUGUUCGUCCUCACAGAGGUCAGAUUGAGGCAGCUCGGAAUAUCCACAAGUUUCUUGUCGGGUCCAAGAUUUCGUCCGACGAGACGUCAUCCAAGGUUGGUCUGGCGCAGGAUCGAUAUAGUCUGCGAACAGCGCCGCAGUGGAUCGGACCGCAGCUUGAGGAUCUCUUGUUAGCGACCAAGCAAGUGACUGUUGAGAUCAACUCAACGACCGACAAUCCCCUGAUUGAUGUAGACGGCGGUAAGAUCUUCCAAGGUGGAAACUUCCAGGCCAUGGCCAUCACAUCGGCCAUGGAAAAGGUCAUGACUGUGCUGCAGAACCUGGGCCGUCUCAUGUUUGCGCAGAGCUCUGAGAUGAUCAAUCACGCGACAAGCAGGGGACUGCCUCCCAACCUCAGCCCCGACGACCCAGGCGCCUCGUUUCUCUGCAAAGGCUUCGACAUUAGCAUGGCGGCGUAUAUGUCUGAGCUUGGUUAUCUCGCACACCCAGUCAGCACCCAUGUGCAGACCGCGGAAAUGGCGAAUCAGGCGGUCAACUCAAUGGCCCUGGUCGCGGCACGAUAUGCGCUCGAGGCGAUUGAAGUGGCGUCCCUGAUGGCAGCGGCCUAUAUCUUCGUCCUCUGCCAGGCACUUGACCUGCGCUGCAUGAUGCUCGAAUUUGAGACGACCUUUACCAAAGAGAUAGUGCUGGUCGCCAAAGAGACAUUGACGCUGCCUCAGGAACAAGCCGCAGAUCUUUCGAGCAAAAUCGCAACGGUGCUGCUCCAGAGAUGGACGCAACUGUGUUGUCUUGCCGCUGCUGAGCGAGCCACCGUCGCCGCGCGGGAAUCCCUCGGCGACCUUCUCGGGCUACUGCUACCCAGCAAUCCAGCGCCUGACAUCUCGCGACUCCAGACUUUUCAGGCCGCCGCUGCGACCACGCUCCUCUCCACGCACGAGCGCACGCGCUCGCUGUACUUUGAGCGGCCCGGCACAGCGCGCUUCAUCAGCCCGGCCUCCAAGGUGGUGUACGAGUACGUGCGGCGAGAUCUGGCGGUCCCGUUUGUGCGCGGCGUCGAGGACCACCCGACCGUCGCGCGCGAUCGGGCGCUCGGGAACCCGAGCGGUGGCAAGAGAAACGGCGUUCAUGGACACGAUGCGGUGCGCCCAGCCGUAGAGGGCGAGGGUAUCAACGAGACUCACAAUGGGUUGGUAAAUAACACAAAUGGGGCCGCUGGGCCGAGCAGAGUCAAUGGGGUCAACGGGGACAACGAGGUCAACGGGGACCACGAGGCCAAUAACGUCUCUCAGGACCGCAGGACACCCGUGACGCUCGGCACCAUGGCCGGGGAUAUUUACCAGGCUCUUCGCAACGGAGAUCUAUACGGGCGCAUCAUGAAGUAUUGCCAGGAAAACGCAUUUUAG